AUGGAGGCCAAUUCGGACCCGGAGAACCCAGACCACCUCUCGCAGGCUCCAGCCGGCACCUGCCGUGUCCUCGACUGGUUCUUGGGAACAGCGAUCCUGCUGCUGCUAGCCGGAGUCCUGGCCCUGGCCGUUUAUCCUGCUCUAAGGGCAAACCCUGCCAGGCCCCCUGCCUCAGAAGGACUCUCUGCUCCCCGGCUACCCACUCAGGGCUCCUAUGCCCAGCUGGUGGUGAAAGAUGUCUUGGUGCAGAACCAGACACUGAGCUGGUACAGUGAUCCUCAUCUUUCCGGUGUAUUCUUGGACUCACAAAUGACUUAUGACACAGAGAAAGAUGAACUGAUGGUUGGUGUCUCUGGGCUUUACUUUGUUUAUGCCUGCCUGAAGCUUCAGCAGGUGAUUGUUCCUGCCCGCAGCCAGGGCACCAUCAAGGUCUCUGUGUCUGUGCGGCAGGACUUUGGACGUCGAGCUGUCUCGACUCUCUCCCUGGACGUGGGACCUUCCAGCCCUUCCACAGUCACCGUCUCGGAGACCUCCCUCCUCUUCCUGUAUCCUGGCGAGCAGCUCAGCCUUAGCAUGAACACCACAGCAGGGGACUUCCAGGAUUGGCAGCUAGUGUCAGAGGCCAGUACUUUUGGUCUUUUCCGAGUGGCCGAAAGGUAG